AAAUGUCCUAACGACUGCUCUGGAAACGGCAUCUGCAACAGCGCUCUUCUCACAUGUUUUUGUAACCCAGGCUGGCGUGGAUUGGACUGCAGCGAGCUUGACUGCCCUGGUGAACCGGAUUGUCAUAAUCGAGGUACCUGCUCAUCGAUUAAUGGUACUGUAAUGUGUGUCAACUGCAGUGUUGGUUGGAUGGGCCCUGCCUGUAAUGAUCCUUGUGUCAACGGUGUACAAGAGCCAAUGGACAGUGGAUUUUGUAAGUGCAAUCCCUGCUGGGCUGGCAAGGGCUGUGAUGCUCUAUGUAUGGGCCGAGGUACGUGCUCCGAUAAUGGAAUUUGCAAGUGUGAUCCUCUCCAAGGCUGGCGAGGAGACGUUUGCCAAAUUCCUGGAUGUCCAGGUGUUGGUAAGGAUUGUACGGGUAAUGGUGACUGUAACAGCGCUACACACGAGUGCACAUGUUACCCGGGAUGGGCUGGUCUGGGAUGCGAUAUUCCUGAUUGUCCAGGGGCGCCAAACUGCAAUAACCGCGGCUACUGUAAUGCGUCUGUUACUCCCCCACAAUGUCAGAACUGCAGUCGAGGCUGGAUGGGAGCUGCAUGUGCUGAUCCUUGUACGUUUGGAGAGCAAACUCCAAUGGACAGUGGACAGUGUGUUUGUUGGCCUGGAUACACAGGUAAAGAUACAAAUAUCGGCUGGUUUGUCAAUAUAGCGUAUUCCUAGCGAUUUUUUAUUUUAAUAUCUUAUGAUAACUUUUACUUGCGUAAGUACUCCCAAAGAGGCUUUGGGGUGAAUUUGACUAUGUCUCUGUAUCUUUGAAUUGAGUCACUGUAUCUAACAUGAAGCACUGAUAGAACUCAUGCUUAUAUUUGAGUGUUUUUUCGUUGGAUAAGAAAACAAAAACUAUUUCUACUUUAUACAGCAUAUUUUAAUGCUUUGUGGUGUGUAUUACCUAUGAUUAGAAAUGAUUUUUCUCUUAAAAUUAUGGAAAGGAGAAGGUGGUGUUACAUGGUGCAGAAGCAGUGACAUAACAACCUUUCACACAUGAUUUUCAGCUAGCUAUGUAAUUUCCCUUUCAAAAUUAACGUGAGCCCUUUGUUUUACAUUCUUCGUGUAGCUCUAGGAUAUGGUUCCCGGUUGCCCAUGUAUUAAAUUUCCGUUGUUUCUUCUAAAGGUGUUGGGUGUGACAGCGAGUGCUCCGAACACGGUAAGAUUGUCAACAACAGUUGUGUGUGUGAUAUCGGGUGGCGAGGAGAUCUCUGUGAUAAUCCAGGCUGCCCUGGUAUUGGCUCAGACUGUACGGGCCAUGGAAUAUGUAACUCCGCAACGCAUAUUUGCACUUGCAACGAAGGCUGGGCUGGUGAAGGCUGUGAAAUUCCAGACUGUCCAGGGACCCCUAAUUGCUUUGAACGAGGACUUUGCAACGCUUCUGUAAACCCACCCAAGUGCCAAAAUUGCUCCAAAGGCUGGAUGGGACCGGCUUGUAAUAAUCCUUGUGUGCAUGGUCAACAAGUUCCAAUGGACAGUGGCAAUUGUGUGUGUGAGCCUGGGUGGGUAGGUGUGGGGUGUGAUAGUGAAUGCUCAGAGCAUGGAACCAUCGUUAAUAGCAAAUGCCAGUGUGACAUUGGGUGGCGUGGAACAUAUUGCGAAAAUCCUGGAUGUCCAGGUAAUGGAGAAGAUUGUUCCGGUCAUGGGGAAUGUAACAGCGCUCUCCAUACUUGUAUAUGUCAGAAUGGAUGGACUGGUGACGGAUGCCAUAUUCCAGACUGCCCUGGAAAUCCAAACUGUGCAGAUAGAGGUAAGAAUUCUGAAUUACGGGAAACAUUUUAAAGCAAUUUAUACUUAUUUCUCAUUAUUUUAAUGCGAAAUGAAAUGCGUUGUGCACUUUUACAUUCAGCAAAGCUUUAAGUAAGAUUUUCAAUAAUUCCGACAAUAAAUAUUGUGGCGUUAUUUCUAUAAAUUGGCAAUCGUUUUUUCACGUGUGGUACGCGAGAAACAACUCCCUAUUAGGACUCCGAGUCACUCACUUACUUACGCGCUCACUCAGGUGUAAACACUGUGGUAAUUAGUCGUCGCGAUCUUUCCUUAGGCUUAGUAACCGGCUCGUAAGCGAUAGCCCGUUGCUUUAAAAACCACCUACCGAGCUAUCAAAAAUGUAUCUAAUCAAAGCCGCGUCGAUUGUUUACGAUCUGUUGUGAAGCGAGAACCGUGGGAACAAUUAGAGUUUAUUGAUUAAUUAAUUAAUUGAAUUACAUUGUCUUAUGUAAACAUUGGCGGUUGCAUAACACUUUAGCGGUCGAUAAUAAUCCUGUUUUUUUUUCUCUGACAAAAUAAAUUAUCGGCCACGUGUUAAAUUUCAAAUCAAGCUAAAACUUGCGGUCACAUAGAAUACGUACCGAGGUGUAUCGUUCUGUCGCAAAAAACUUUAGGGGUUUGUUAUCAGAUGCAAGAGGUAGACAACCAUCUCAACAAAGAUAAUCGCGUGACUAUGCAGGCGAAACGUGAUAUGAAAAUGUAAUGAACCCCUGAAUUUGGCUAAUACAGGCGAAGAGAGAUUUGGAUCGUAGCGUCUAGGUUUGGUGAAUUUUGCAAACGGAAUUUGGUAAAUUCAGGGCGCUUUUUUCUCUGCUGUUUUCAGUUUAGUGCGCCUGAGGUAUGCGUUAAUUAUUCUAUGGAGUUUUGAGGAGUUGGAUGGUUACCAUCAUUCUGGAUUUCUCCUUGACCUCCUGAAAGUUUUCAAGCAAUGUCACGAACGAAACCGAAAAAACCUCGAGACUUUUUCUGAGUUCUUUCAGUCACUUUAAUCUUUACAACGCAAUUUUUGAUAAAAACAAUUGAUAUUUUCUGUUAAAUUAUUCCUUUCCCGAGUAGAAUGGGAUGUCGAUUUCGGAAAAUGAGCGAAAGAUUGCGUACUUUUUACACUCCUCUGAAAUCUUCUAAGGUGAAAGGAGAAUACUGAACCGCUCUUUGCUUUUGGUUGUAAAAUAAGCGAGCUCCCCACUGGUGCGAUCCCUGGAACGGGCGGAAAAGUCCAUUAAAGGUCAUAAACGUUACAAGUUAAAUUUCCAACAUUCCUUCACGAAUGAGUUUGUAAUAUGUGUGCGACAAAAGCGGACAAAUAAGGCAUUGGCUUUAUGCGAUGAAAGCAACCUUGCAUGCUCCAUUUUUUAUCUCUAGAUUUCUACCACAAACUGGCCAAAUGUAUUCUCUGAUUGUUUGAAGCUACCAAGUUUAAUUGUUAGCCCUAACAAAACGAUCUGUAUCGUGGAGACGGAUAGAAAGAGAGACUAGCAAACAAGUAUACGGAGUACAAAUGAAACGAGCACCUAAAAUACUUAAGCAUUAACAAACUGACUGAUUGACAAAACGCUGUCUCUCUGAUGUUCACAACUUGAACUUUCCUAGACGCGCACAUAAGAUGAUAAUUCAAUACGUUUUUUGUUUUACUCUCACAGGCGUUUGCAACACUACCUACAAUCCUCCCAAGUGUACAAAUUGUAUUGCCGGCUGGAUGGGUCCUGCGUGUGAAGACCUUUGCACAAAUGGAACCCAGGUGCCAAUGGACAGUGGAAACUGUGUUUGUGAUCCGUGUUUCGCAGGUCGUGGAUGUAAUGUAGAGUGCAACGGAUACGGAACAUGCUUGGAAAACAAGUGUCGGUGUGAUGAACUUACUGGCUGGCGUGGAUCGCUUUGUGAAGUUCCCGGAUGUCCAGGAUCAAAAGGGAAGGACUGCAGUGGAAAUGGAAAAUGCGACAGUGCAAAUCAUAUCUGCAUAUGUGAUCCAGGUGAGGAGAGUAAACCAAAUUCAAUUGAAUAAUGUUAAAAACUUUGAAAUGGAGUAAACAGGUUUAGGAGGUAUAUAUUGGCAGCUUUUGUCAUUUCAAGACGUCAUCUUCUCUUCCUUUCUAAUUUGAUGUCUUCCCUUUGAUGUUGGUUUCUUCUGCAAAGAAUUAAAUCGAAUUGAAAUGUAUUAAAUCACCUUUUGGUUUCGUCAUUCAAACAAACUUUCUAAAAGUACUAAGGUGAUAAGAUGAAAUACACUCAAUACAAUCCAGUCGGGAAAAAAAUGACAUCUCUCUAAGGAUUCAUGCUUUUUUAUUCCCCACUGACGGCACGUUUUUGCUCGUUUUUCACUUCUAUUAGAAAUUCGAUUAUUUUUAUUUCUAUUAGAAAUCAGUAUAACUUGCACUGUUAAAUAAUCCUCCUCAUCAUUGAAAGGCAGUAGAAACGAAAAAAACUCUUAGUAGACAUUUUGGCAAAAGUUUCAUUGAUAAAAAAAAGGCGCGUAAACGUAACUUAUAAUUUGUAGACCUGCAAAGGGGAUCAUUAAACACUUGUUGUAAUGUUGUCCUUUUGUCAAGAAGAGGCACCCUACAGAUGUAUAUCUGCGUUCUUUUCUCAGGGUGGACGGGUGUUGGCUGCCAUCUCCCUGACUGUCCUGGCGUUCCAAAUUGUUUUGGUCGUGGACACUGUAACGCGACUAAUCGUGUGACUCCUGAAUGCACGGACUGCAUUCAAGGCUGGAUGGGUCCAGCUUGUAACGAUCCUUGUGUCCAUGGUUACCCCAAAGAUGGUAUCUGCGUAUGUGAUCCUUGCUUUACGGGGAGCGGAUGCCAAAGUGAGUGUUCCGGAUUUGGAGAAUGUAUCGACAACAAAUGUGAUUGUGGCCAAGAAGAAGGUAUUGCUCAUAUGGGAGAAUACUGUGAACUGCCAGGAUGCCCAGGCCAGUGCACCAGUCCCGAUAACGGCUUUUGUAGCAUGGACACUCAAAAAUGUAUUUGCGCUCAAGGUUGGGCUGGGGACGAUUGCAGCACGCCCGAUUGCCCAGGGGAACCCAUUUGUUCUAGCCAUGGAAGCUGCAGUAAUUCGAACCCACGACGGUGCAACUGUGAGCCGGAUUGGGCCGGUGUUAUGUGUGAACUUCCUUGUGUCAAUGGAACGAAUUAUGGUAACUCAUCAGGUUGCAUUUGCCACUCUUGUUUUUCUGGUUCGGGCUGUAAUGUUGAAUGCUCGUUGAAUGGAAAGUGCGUGAAUGACAAGUGUGUCUGCGAUAAAAUCUUGGGAUACAAAGGAGACGUCUGUGAAAUUGCAAGCUGUCCUGGGUGGCCAUUUGACUGUAGUAACCACGGAAGCUGUAACGGAGCGACGUUUGAAUGUACAUGUGUUCCAGGAUGGUCAGGUGCUGCAUGCGACAUU